AGCAUGCAGCAGCCGCCACCACCACCGCCUGGGCCCUUGGCCCCGGCCACCGAGCCCACCAAGCCCCCCUACAGCUACAUUGCCCUGAUCGCCAUGGCCAUCCAGAGCUCCCCGGGGCAGAGGGCCACACUCAGUGGCAUCUACCGCUAUAUCAUGGGCCGCUUUGCCUUCUACCGCCACAACCGGCCUGGCUGGCAGAACAGCAUCCGCCACAACCUGUCUCUCAACGAGUGCUUUGUCAAGGUGCCCCGCGAUGACCGCAAGCCAGGCAAGGGCAGCUACUGGACCCUGGACCCCGACUGCCACGACAUGUUCCAGCACGGCAGCUUCCUCCGUCGCCGCCGCCGCUUCACCCGUCGGGCAGGUGCAGAGGGCACCAGGAGCCCUGUCAAGGCACGCCGGGGACCCGUCAGGGCCACCAGCCAGGACCCCGGAGUCACCCACACCACGACCAGCAGGCAGUGCCCAUUCCCACCAGAGCUGCCAGACCCCAAGGGCCUCAGCUUUGGGGGUCUGGUGGGGACCUUGCCAGACAGCACGUGCCCAGCAACUGCUGAUGUCACCAGGCCUCGGCUGCCCAUGGAGCCCAAGGAGAUGUCCACACCCAAGCCUGCAGGCCCAGGGGAGCUCCCAGUGGUCACUUCACCCUCCCCGUGCCCAGCGUUUGGCUUUCCUGCCAACUUCUCUGAGGCCGAGGGCUUUAGCAAGGCCCCCACGCCCGUCCUGACCCCCGAGGCAGCCGUCGGGAGCGGCUACCAGUGCAGACUGCAAGCCCUCAAUUUCUGCAUGGGCGCCGACCCGGGCCUGGAGCACCUGCUGGCCUCUGCAGCGCCCUCCCCGGCACCCCCCACCCCGCCAGCCUCACUCCGGGCCCCGCUGCCCCUGCCAGCUGACCCCAAGGAACCCUGGGUYGCAGGAGGCUUCCCUGUCCAGGGAGGCUCCAGCUACCCACUGGGGCUGCCCCCCUGCCUAUACCGGACACCAGGAAUGUUCUUCUUUGAGUGACAGCAGCCUCACCUCUGUAGGGCCUCUGCCAAACCAGUGCCAGGCUGAGCCUGGCUCUAGGACCUGGAGAGUUCUCAAAGGACCAAGCCCCGGCCGGCCCAGCACCACCUGGACGGGAAGCCAGGACUGGAGCAGCGGCGUUCAGCCGGGCCCUKGGGGCCCCUGGAGAAACUUGGGGGUGAGGGGGCCGGGGUCCUUGGGAUUUGUUCUGUGGCUCUUGGCCCCAA